AUGGCGCUCGAGGAGGCCGCGCCGGGCGGCGGCGGCGGCGGCGGGAUCCGGGUGCUCCUGCGGCGGAAGCAGGUGGACUCCGACCGGGCCCGCGCCGCCGGCGGCCAGCAGCUCGCCAAGGAGCUCUCCAUCACGCAGCUCAUCGCCAUCGGUGUUGGUUCGACGGUUGGAGCCGGAGUGUACGUCCUCGUGGGGACGGUUGCCCGGGAGCACUCUGGCCCGGCACUGACGCUCUCGUUUCUGAUCGCCGGAAUAGCGGCUGCGCUUUCGGCUUUCUGUUACGCGGAGCUUGCUAGCCGCUGCCCUUCUGCGGGAAGCGCCUACCACUACUCAUACAUCUGCGUUGGUGAAGGAGUUGCAUGGUUGAUCGGCUGGGCUUUGAUACUGGAGUAUACGAUUGGCGGAUCAGCCGUUGCCCGUGGCAUAUCUCCCAAUCUAGCGUUAUUUUUCGGAGGACCAAAUAGUCUGCCAUGGAUUCUAGCACGCCAUGAGUUCCCUUGGCUAGAUGUUGUUGUUGAUCCUUGUGCUGCUGCCUUGGUUUUCCUUGUCACUGCCCUGUUAUGCGUCGGGAUAAAAGAGAGUACAUUCGUACAAGGAAUUGUGACAGUCCUGAACUGCUGUGUGAUGCUAUUUGUUAUUAUAGCUGGCAGUUACAUUGGCUUCCAAACAGGAUGGGUCGGCUACAAGGUGUCUGGCGGAUUUCUGCCAUAUGGGGUCAAUGGAAUGCUUGCUGGAUCAGCGACCGUUUUCUUUGCCUACAUAGGCUUUGAUUCAGUUGCGAGCACCGCUGAGGAGGUGAGGAAUCCACAACGAGAUCUGCCGCUGGGAAUAGCCACGUCAUUGACGAUUUGCUGUUCCUUGUACAUGCUGGUUUCAGUUGUUAUUGUCGGUCUGGUGCCAUACUUCGCUAUGGACCCAGAUACCCCUAUUUCAUCCGCCUUUGCGAGGCACGGGAUGCAGUGGGCGAUGUACCUUGUAACAUCUGGCGCUGUUCUUGCUCUCUGCUCAACCUUGAUGGGGUCACUUCUGCCACAGCCAAGGAUAUUGAUGGCCAUGGCGAGAGAUGGGCUUUUGCCAUCCUUCUUCUCCGAUGUUAGCGAGAAGACACAAGUUCCUGUCAAGAGCACAAUCAUAACUGGCAUCUGUGCGGCAUCUCUGGCUUUCUUCAUGGAUGUUUCACAACUGGCAGGAAUGGUCAGUGUAGGCACGCUCCUCGCGUUCACCAUAGUCGCCGUCUCCAUCUUGAUCCUCAGAUAUGUUCCUCCAGAUGAGGUACCCCUGCCAUCCUCUCUGCAAACGUCGUUCCGCUUAAGCCAAGAAUGUGAUGAGGAAAAGGUGGGGAGUCCUAUUGGAGAUGGGAACCAUGAACAGGGGACGUCUGAGAUUAAGGAUGUGAUCGUGGUAGAAUCAAUCAAUGACCCUCUUAUUGAGAAGCAGCUAUACGCAAACAAAUUGGAUGAGUUAAAGCGGCGGAAAACCGCUGCUCGCAGCAUAGCAUCUGUAUGCGUAGGGGUUCUAAUCCUGACGGCUUCAGCUUCUGUAACUUUCCUGCCAUUCCUGGUGAUGUGCUUAUUCUGCGUAUUUGGUGGCCUGCUCCUCCUGGCUGGUCUCGGAAUGCUCUCCUGGAUCGACCAAGACGACGGAAGGCACUCAUUUGGUCACUCUGGAGGAUUCAUCUGCCCGUUUGUUCCGCUGCUGCCAGUGAUGUGCAUCCUCAUAAACACAUACUUGCUCAUAAAUCUAGGGGGUGGCACGUGGAUGCGGGUCGGGGUAUGGCUGGUGAUGGGGGUCUUUGUGUACAUUUUCUACGGCCGGACCCACAGCUCGCUGACGGACGUCGUGUACGUCUCCCUGGCUCAGGCAAACGAGAUAUACGGUUCUUCCUCGUCGUCAGCGUUUGUGGCCUAG